AUGUAUAGAAUAGGAAAUCUCUUGUUAUCUUCGUCUUUUAAUUUAUCCAGAGUUUGUUGUUUCUCUUCCAAUGUUCCAAGAAUAGCAGUUGUUGGCAGUGGACCUGCUGGCUUAUUCACAUGUGCUUCUAUACUGAGGAGGUCUUCUUGUAAACUUGACGUGUUCGAUGCGUCUCCCGUGCCUUUUGGAUUAGUUCGUUAUGGUGUUGCACCAGAUCAUCAAGAAGUUAAGAACUGUAUUCAUGGUUUUGACAAAAUGUUCGAAAACAAUAGCGAAAGAAUAUCCUUGUUCUGUAACGUUAGGAUAGGAAAUGACGUUUCUUUCGAAGAAUUGACCAGGAAUUAUGAUGGUGUUUUACUAGCUUAUGGCGCGCACAAACCUCGGAAUCUCAAAAUUCCAGGAGAAUAUUCAACAAAUGUAUUUUCUGGCUCAGAUUUCGUUUCGUGGUACAGUGGAGUGCCCCAUGCUGCAGGCCCACUAUUAGACAAUCCUCAUGCUAUUAUAGUCGGUAAUGGAAAUGUUGCACUGGAUUGUGCUAGAAUUUUAUCAGCUGGAGCUGGACCCAACAGCACUUUAAGAAGUACCGAUGUGCCCUCAGAGUAUAUACAGAAACUUGAAGAUUCUGCUUUGCGGAACAUUAAAAUAAUAGGAAGGAGGGGACCCAGAGAUGUAUCAUUUACUGUCAAAGAACUCAGAGAACAGUUUAAAGUGAAAGGUUGGAAUACUUCAGUCGAAAUGAGCGCUAGCGCCCAUGAACAACUGAAAAUUGAUAUAGCAUCAUUCGACAGGAGGAAGAAACGAUUGUUACAGGUAUUGGUUGAUGGUGUGCGUCAACCAGAAGGUGAAAAACAGUGCCAAUUUUUAUUUAAUCGAAGCCCUAUUGAAAUAAUCGCAGAUAGCAAUAAUCGAAUAACUUCCGUUGUUUUCAAAAACUCAUUAACUAAUGAAAAAGAGGAAAUGCCUUGUGGCCUACUUGUGUACAGUAUUGGAUUCGAAACUGUUGUACUGGAUGGCGUUCCUAAAAAUGAAAAAGGCAUGAUAGAUAUGAAAGAUGAAUGUAGAGUUCGCACGAAGGAUGAUUCCAAGGUUUAUGCUGCGGGUUGGUGUGCUCAUGGUCCAAGGGGAGUUAUUGUUGACACUCAACAGCAAAGUUCAGCAGUGGCUAACGAAAUCAUGAAAGAUAUUGAUGGGAACUCUGGAAAGUCUGGCAUUAAUCGAUUGUUAGAAGAUAGGAGUGUACCUUACAUUUCAUGGAAUAAGUGGAAAGAAAUGGAUGUAGAAGAGCAAUGCAAAGGAAAAGAAAGAGGAAAAGUCAGAGAAAAAAUCACAGAAUUUGAGAAAUAUAUUAAAAAACAUUGA